AGAGGAUUUAGAGUAUUUUUAUGUGAGAGAUGAAGUCGUAAGAACAGCCUUUAAAUGCGGGCAAACGCCUUCGAACGCAACCGUGUAGUUGUGUCAUGAACUGUGUAGACGGUGUAGACUGAGCUUUAUGUUUUCACUAUGGCUGAUGCUGAUUAUAAUAUUCCACAAAGUAAAGAAUCAAAUGAAAUAUUAAAUACCUAUCGUACCAUAUCCAACAAAUUAAAAAAACGAUUUUUACGAAAGCCCAAUGUUACCGAAGCCAGUGAACAAUUUGCUGCACUGGGGACGCAAUGUGAGCAAAAGGAAUUGUGGCCUUAUGCAGGAUUCUGCUGGCUAGCAGCAGCACGAUGUCAAGCAACACUGGGUAAUAAUAUUGCUGAAACAAAUUUUUUAACAAAAGCAGGAAGACAAUUCCUCAUAGCUGAAAAGAAAGAUGAGGAUAUUGGAUGUUCAUCGAUUGGUCGAGAAAACUUCCAAGCUGCAGUAAGUUGUUUUGGUCAUUCUGCCGCACGUAACAGCCAAUUAGGAUUUGGCAUUAUGUCUGUCAGUUUGGCUAUGGAAUUAGCAGCAGCUUCAGGUCCAAGUACAGCAGGGGUGCAACAUUUAAAAAAAGCUAUUAGUAUGCAUCCUUUUCCUAAAGUUAUUGACACAUUAGUUUCAUACUUCAUUAAACAAGAUGAUUAUGUAGCUGCUUUACAAGCUCUUAAUGCAUUUGUUGAGGUGAUCGAUAACAAUAUUGGUAUUGCAAAUGUUUCUACAGGCAAUUAUGUUGUUGUUUUACACAGAUGUGAAGUAACCAGGGUACUGUUGCUACUGAUACUUCAGCCUACACCUCAAAGAAUUCCACCUUCUUUAGCACAAGUUUUAGAAAAAUACGCUUGGAUUGAGGAUGGUAUAAGUGCUGGUCCAGGGAUGUGCGAAGAUGAAGUUUUGCUAUUACAAUCUUUAGUAUUGGCAUGUCAAUCAAAUGAUUGCCAAGCGCUUUUGGAAUUAGAGGGUGACCUCUGGAUAUAUUUGGAUACCCAACAAAAGGAAUUGUUACGAAAGCUCAUACAAAUUAUGACAACCAGAUGAACUAUAUAAUAAGAUUAAUCAUUUUAUGGUUUAUCCUUUUUAUUAAAUGUUUAACACUGUUACUCGUACAAUAUACAAAGAAGCUAUGGGUUCUAUAAAUGAUAUAAAAUUAUCGCGUGUUGUGCAGAAGUACGUUGUGAACGAAUGAAUAAUAUUAAAUCAUAAAAUAUAAAGUAUAAAAUAAGCAUAUUAUUUCAUUUUCUCAUAGAUUUUCUCCUCAAAGGACUAAGUAUUUAUUUGUACCUGAGCUGAUAAAAAAUACUUCAUAACAAUAAAAAAUUAAUAUUAUUAAU